AGGCUUCCUUAAAUUGCUCUUGAAAUCCCUUUUCACAGUCUUUCAUUAAUUGUAUCUCUUUUCCUUCUUGAAAUGAGAGUCGUACUCAUAGCUAAAACAAUGAGGUUGCGGAGAUUGCGCAAAUAAGAAGCUUACGCGAUCGAGAUCCUGAAACGUUUGAACUAUUAACGGUUUAUCUCCUCGAUGUACUACUGUAGGAUUCUCGAAUGAUUCACACAACUUCUCCAGCGAGGGUAUAAUCUUGUGGCCAGGGUUUACCAACACUCGUGUUAAAUAAUUUCGACAUAAAUAUCUAAACCUUAUAUCUAGAGGAGGUUCUUUGGCUUCCGCAAUAAUCACAUUUGUUGGUGUGGAUUGUCUAAAACCCAACGCAAUACGCAAGGCCUUAUACUGUAUCCUAUCCAAUUUUAUCAUUUGGGCUCUACUGCAUUUGUGAAACAAAAAUGCUGCAUAUUCAAUGCGUGAUCGAAUUAGAGCUAUAUAUAAUCGCAUUAAAAGAGUGGGAUCUGCCCCCCACCAUGUGUGUCCUAAACUCUUUAGUAUUUUUAUUGGAUUCUGGCAUUUUUUAACAAUAGACGAGAUCUGAGGAUUCCAAAUUAAAUUGAUUUCCCGCGUUUCCUUUUUUCGUCAUCGAACGCCAUCUGAUGAGAAAUAAUAAAGUUUUGAAAGUGAUACCAACUGAUCCAAAUUCAGACUGUGUCUUACGCUCUUACCAAGUUGCUAACUAACGCCUUUGCUCACGCCAAGUUUCGACGUUUGUCAGUGAUAACAUUUAUUGCUAAUAUAAAUAAUUGAAUUGAAUAAAAAUGUCGAUGAGAAAAAAAGUGACGCAGGGGGACCUGAGAAAAGCUAUGAACGAAGCUAAAAAGAAAGUUACCUCUGUAAAAAAAAUCGAAUCUCCACUGGCAAAGUAUACCGAAGCAGGACAGCUGAUGUGCAUUCUCUGCAAAUCGAUAGUGCGUAGCGAAGUUGUAUGGCCCAUACAUUUGAAUUCCAAAGUACACAAAGAAAAUAUAGAUAAAGCAAAGAGAAGUGUUAUGGCAAAAGAGAGUAACCCUCGCAUAUGUCCUGCCAAAAGGCCAAUUUCUCCGAGUAUGGAAAGUUACGGAACCAAAAAGGUAAAGGGCAUAUUGAAAAACACAACUGUAGAGAAAAGCGUCCCAAAUUUGCCAUCGGAUUUUUUCGACAACUCGUCAAACGUGAUAGGCGCAACUUCAUGGGUCUCGGAAAAGUCAGAGAUUCCAAAAGUAGAAAAACCACGAGAGGGAGGAACAAGAGAGGCUCAAGAAGCCAAGGAUGAGACACACGCAGCUUCCUUGCCAGAAGGGUUCUUCGACGAUCCUAAAAUGGACGCAAAAGUGAGAAAUGUCGAUUACAAAGAUCCCAUUGAGGAAGAAUGGGACAAGUUCCAAAAAGAGAUAAAAGAGGAAGCGGCGCAAUCUGCCCAAAUUAUUGCUGAUGAUCAAGAGGAAGCAACUACAGUGCGACAGCUCGACGAAAUCGAAGAACAAAUGAGGAAUUGGAAUAGAGUAAUGGAUUUCGUGAAAUUAAAAGAUCAGGUCCGAACGUCCGAGAGAAAAAUGGAUUGUAUAGGUAACGAGGAAUCUAGUGACGAUGACGAGAACUAUGAUGAAUUUUUAGACUGGCGUGCUAAAAAUUCUUAUAAAUAGUUUUUUAUUAUUUAUUGAAUCUUUAAAGUGUACAUUAAAAAAUGAAAACCGCUAAUAUACUAUAUUUGUAGAUAUCA